AUGAGCCAGGGUGAUGGAAUUGCAGCGUUGGAUUCGACCCUGGGAUGGAACGAGGAUCAAUGGCCAAAUCGAGCUGAAGCAGUGGUGGCUAUCGACAGCAAUAGCAUGAAUGCAAGAGAUAGCGGCAGCGUUAAUAGCCAGGGCCCAGGCCGUCCUGAUGAUAUUAUGAGCUUCUUCGACAACGAGACUCUCUCCUCGGGUUCUGCAAGUUUAUCUCAACCUCUUUAUCCUAGGCCUCUGCACCACUACCCGCAUCAAACGAGUCACAUCAACAAGAGCCGCAUACAUGCACAACCCUCGCAUGUGUACACACCCAUUUUCGAAACCAUGCAUUCUCUACAGCGCCCAAAGACACCACUGCAGCCGCAACGCCAACGCCGUGUUCCCACAAGGCUCGACACUAACGGUUCUACGGAUACCAGCGCCAUCGAUCAAAGCCAAGGCCUUGGUGAUCACAGCUUUUUGCUGCCAUCUCGACCCAUGAGCAUUGCAACUACAGACGUGACGCCCACAGAGGAUGAACCAACGUGCAGUAACAGUUUGUAUCGCGCCUGGGCGGAAGAGGAGCAGAUCGAGCUGCGAAUACAUUCAGAGACAAAUCAUGAUACCGAUAAUCUGCGACACAACUCGCAAUACCAUGACUUGCUUAGCGAAAUCGAUACAGAGUGCCUCUUCCCCGACGAUAGUCUCGCAGCAGAUCACCGUCCAUCAUCUUCCCGCAGUCACCUACUUCAGUGGCGACGUAGUCCAAGCGCUGCUGCGUCCACUGCUUCAAAACACCAGAGGGUAUCUUCUGAUGUCCAGCCUCCUACCACAGAAAAUCGACCAUCAGCAACCAUUACAAGACAAGAAUUCGAGGCUCUUCCACCAACAAUUCAACGAAAAUACUUCUCAACUAUCGAGCGAUCGCAACUAGCUCAAUCACCCGACCUGGGAAACUGUCAACGGCCCGGUAGUGUCGGACAAGAUCAACUUCUUUCUCCUUGGUCAUCGCUCCCCAAACCUAGAGGGAGCUACGAGCACCAAGAAAGGCCCAUUACUUCGGAUGAUUCUAUCUUGCGCACAGAUCGUCCACGAAUUACUGAAACGGACCAGAAAUUCUACGCCAACCUUCCUGAGAAGAUAAAACGCCGCCAUCUUACUGAGGAAGAGCUCCAGUUGGCGUAUAAGUCACAAAACACUUUCACCUACGCGCCAGAAGCAGUAUCGAAUACUGUCGAUAUUCCACCUCAAGAGGUCAAAAUGCCGUCGCCACUCCCAAGUCCUGGACUGUCUGAAGGAACGUCCCCGUUCUCGGGUAUGCUGUCCAGGCAAAAUGACAGAGCCAUGACGAGCUCAGAUAUCAAGCGUUCAGAUUCCUUCUAUGACAGUUUCCGAUGGCUUGACGAUGAAGAGGGGUUGGAUCUACGUCUAUAUCUUGAUGACUAUCACAUCAACCUGCGAGAAGAAAUACCGGUUCCAAACAAGAGCCGAAGACCAUCGUUUCGCCGUCACUUAUCAAUUAAUAAGCUGCCCUUUGGAAAACCCUCUGUCAAUGGACUUGAAGAAGGCCCUGCUUCCCCCACCACUCUACCGCCGUCUGCCUCGCACAGCUCCAGUGUUGGCUCAUCUGGCCAUGUGCGGAAGAAAUCUCGUGCUCGCGCGCUGUCAUUGAUAUCUGCCAACAGACAAACACCCUUGGCUUCUCCCUCUCCUUUGACCCCACCCCUCGACCCUUCUGCCGCUCAUUAUCGAGACCCUGAGGCUCGAAAGAAGCUUCGAGCUUAUCUCGCUUCGCCCCAGAAAUUUGAUGAGGCCAUUGAGUUUGGAUUCUCCUCCAAAGAUGGACCCCGGCCACAUACGGGAUUUAACAAGGCCUCCGCAUACGACCCGGACAGAUUGCGAAGCUUCCUAGAAGAUGAUCGAUCAUCAAGAUACAGCGACGACGCUUCUGCAGCUGAGCCUGAUUCUCCAAAAACUCCUCAAUUGUUCGACAAGACACCGCAUAUUCGAUCUCUACGAAGUAGCAACGAGCACUCGUCAUACUCAAGAGGAGAGAAAUCUAUAUAUGACCCAGCAGCGAGCCGAGAAAUGACACUUCGUAUGACCUUGACACGACCAGAUCUUCGCCAAAGCGAGGAUCAGAUCUAUGGCUGGAAACAGGCUGGUAGCCGAGUGAGCUCAAGCCGUGGAGAUCACACACCUAGCCCAGCAUUGUACGCUCGGGAAGGCAAUCCCAAACAGAGCAUUGAAAGACAGCUCGCUGCUCUUGACCAGUGGGAAGAUCCUGUCGGUCAUGAUAACCGCACCGUGAAAAGAUUCUGGAAUCGGGUCAAGCGGUCAUAG